CGGCUGUCAGUGGGAAGCGGAAGCCAUGCGGACGGUCUCAGGCGCUGUGCUGUUUCCGCAGUGCACCUGUACCAGCUGGACAUCACUGUGAAGCAGGGCCGCAACAAGGUGCGGGAGAUGUUCAUGAAGAACGCCCAUGUGACGGACCCGCGGGUGAUCGACAUGCUGGUUAUUAAGGGGAAAAUGGAUCUCCAAGAAACCAUAAAUGUAUGGAAGCAGAGGACACACGUCAUGAGGUAUUUUCAUGAGACGGAAACCCCACGACCUAAAGACUUUCUGUCCAAAUUCUAUGAAGGCCACGAUCCAUGAAACAGAUUCUGUAUCUUCCUGUCUUGUAUUACAAAUAAAGUUCUACAUGAUACAAAAAAAUCUGUACAGACAGAUUGCGUAGCAGCCUUGGAGCCUAUUCAAUAAAUCUAAAUCUGAUA